UCCUUCCUUCCUUCCGAUCCGGUAAGGGGGUCUCCCUUGGAUUUCUCAAGCGGUUGCAGUCUAGCUAGCAGGCAGGGGCCGGGCCGGGGAGCAUGGAGCAGGAACAGCUGUUAGCGAGCUUGGAGUACCUUCGUAACAACAUCUCCAGGAAGCUGGCGGACGCGGCGGACGGGGGGUGGCAGCUGACGGACGCCCGUGAAAGGCACUGUUUCGCGUUCAUGGAGAUGGAGCUGGGCGCCGUCGUCACAUCGCUGAGGACGCCAUCUCAUCCUCAUGGCGGCGUCGACCAAGAUUGGCUGCAGGAGCUGAGGCGUCUGGUCAGGCAAAUCGAGCGCCUCGUCCUCGUUAAGCACGGAGAGGCCGCCGAUCCACCGACAUGCCAGUGCCACGCGCUGCUGCGGAAGGCCAAGCGGCGGCGGAGCUUCUUCCGGCGGCGUACGGACUCGUACAGCCAGAUUCAGCACGAGGCGUACGGGCUACACCUCGCCGCCGAACGCCCCCGCGGGUGGUGCGAGCGCCCGAACACGAGCUCCGACCCGCCGCCUCACGCCGCGGCGGCGGCGGCGGCUGGCGGCGAUCGUCCUGUCGGCAUCAAUGCCGCCGCGAAGAGGCUGCUCAGGCGGCUCAUGGCUGCUGACACGAGCCUCCGGUUCAUGGCCAUAGCUGGGCCUGCCGGAAUGGGCAAGACCACCCUUGCGGUGGAGCUCCACCGUCGACUCCGGCGCCAAACUAAGCUUUUCGAGUGCUGCGCUGUCGCCAGCUUCUCCCGAAUGCGUGAGCCCGUCAGGACCAAGCUUUUUCUUCACACCGUCGUCUCGCAGAUCGCCGGCCUGGAGGCAUCGUCAUCUCACAACUCAGAAACUAACGACCAGUUGGCUGCCAGCAUUUGGAAACACCUCCAGUAUAAGAGGUACUUCAUUUUAAUUGAUGAUAUAAGCAAGGACUCAGAUUGGGGAAUAAUCAAUGAUGCAUUUCCUGCCAAUUACUGCGGCAGCCGAAUACUGCUUACAACCCGCAGUGAAUUGAUAGCCAGCUGCUGUGUUUCCCAUUAUGAUGGUGAUGUGCAUAUGAUGAAGCCUUUGAGCGACUCAAAUUCAGAUAGGCUUUUGCGGACAAAAGCCUUUGGUUCAAUGGAUUCAUACCCACCAGACAAUCUGAAGCUACUAUAUAAAGAAAUCUUGAACAAAUGUAGAGGAAUACCAUUGUUCAUAACCGGUAUGGCUGAAUGGUUGAAACACCAUGAGCAGCAGCAGCGCGAGAUCUCUGCAGUUCCUACGGAGGAACAAGUCCGCAUGCUGUUCAAACAGUUUGAACAGAAGCUAUCAUUCAAGUACAGCUACAAAUUGAGGCCGUCGCUCUACUUAAGCAUGUUUCCACAGGGAUACGUGUUCGAUAAGAAUCAUUUUGCCAUGAAAUGGCUACUGGAAGGGUUGGCCGGUAUUAGUUCAGGGUUAAAGCUAGAUAUGGAACAAGCAAAGAUGUCCUUCACCGAGAUGGUCGACACGAACAUCAUCAGCCCGGUAGCAGAAAAUUGCGGGCUCAAUCUCGACGAAGAUGAGUUACAGCAGUGGCAGGUCAAUCCUUUCAUACGUGAGUUUCUUGCCUCCAAAGCAGCAGAGAAGGGCUAUGUUUUUACCAGCACAACUCUGUCUUCAGCACCAGCGCCACACGGCGACAGCAUGAAUCGAAUAGCACGCCGCCUAGCUCUCCACAACGACGAUCCGUGGCUGUCAGCGCUGCUGCAACAAUUGAAUCCAUCUCACACUCGCUCACUGCUCAUCUGUGGUGCAGUGGACCGAACAGCAGUUCCUCUGGACAAGUUUGCCUAUCUGGUUGUGCUGGAUCUUCAGGGUUGGGCGAAUUUGAAGGACGAGGAUCUGGUGCAGAUAUGCAAGAUGUUCUUGCUGACCUACCUGAGCGUCAGCCGCACCAGGGUCAGCAAGCUCCCACCACAGGUCAAGGAGCUCCGCAUUCUGAACACGCUGGACGUCAGCCACACCCACAUAGCUGAGCUGCCGUCAGAAGUGUGCAAGCUAACGUCUUUGCGGAUGCUGGACCUGAGAGGCACAAAGAUCAGCCAGGUGCCCGAACAGAUCGCGAUGCUGCACUUCCUCAAGACGCUUCUCGUUGGAGGUGAUGGAGUAGUAACAAAGAUACCGCACAUGACAGAUCUUCAGCUGUCAACGCUGGCAACCGUCGACUUGAGCGAAUACCCUGCAAGCUUCGUGAAUGCUCUCGGUCGUCAGAGCUCCCUGAGAGUGCUUGCGAUAACAUGGUCGUUUCACCAAAGCACUGACGAGGCCUACCGAAAGGCUCUACGGUCGUCCAUCGAACAGUGCAAGGAACUCAGGUCCCUGACCAUUCACUGUGCACAGGGAUGCUCCAUGGAGUUUCUGGGUUCUCUGAGUGAUCCGCCCAAGGAACUCGAGAAGUUCAAGGUGACCACCGGAAGAUUUGUCGGUGUUCCCCAAUGGAUCGGAGGGCUCGAGCAUCACCUCGCUUUCUUGCAGAUCACCGUCUGCAAAUUAGAGCCAGACGGUGUCACGAUCCUCGGAUCCCUGCGCUGCUUGAAGUGUCUCGUACUAGGCUUGGAGUUCGUUCCUGAAGAAGAGAUAGUGAUCGGGAGCGAGACGUUCAGAGAGCUUGAGAGAUUCUCCCUUGAUUGCCCCGUGCCAUGGCUGACUUUCAGUCAAGGAGCCAUGCCGAUGCUCAACUAUCUGCAGCUGAAGAUCUGCUCAGGCCCUGCCAAUCAAGCGGGUGCUGCUCCAUCGGGCCUCACGAAGCUCCCAAGGAUCAGGGAGGUCGUCAUCUGCUACAGCAAAUGGUGCAGUGAUAGCUCUAGCGUCAAGAUGACGGUGAGGGCGGUGAGAAAACAGCUUGGCAGGCAUCCCGGCCAAAUCGACCUUGUUGUCAACAGCAAAGAGGUGGUGACACGGAGACACAACAAAAGGCAGAGUGGUACGAAGAAUGUUGUUCAUCAGCUGAUGUGGCCACGAGGGCAGUAACCCGGAUCCAACACGAGAGAAGAAACUGAAGGUGAUGAAUUCGAGAUCCGGCUGUCGGAAGCCCGCAUCUGCUCCCAGUGCCUCCCGGUG